CGGGGUCUGCGCCGGCGCCGGGUCCGGCGGGCGCUCUGCCAGCUGCGUAAACACUGCCGGAGCGCCGCGGCGGAGCAGACGGAGAACCUGAGAGGCAUCCAUCCCAUCCAGAACAAUUGCAGAGCCAACUUGACCCAAAAUUGACAGCUUGGGUUGCCAGCCUGUCCUGAGAGUAACUGAUCGGUACAGACCCCGGCUUCCGGAUUGCAGAGUAUCAUCAGUCUUCAAUUCCAGCUUAGAAGCAAAAGGAGUACAUCCCAGCUGCUCUGUUCUCCUUCAGGAACCAGGACAAAUUCCAAGAAGUAGCAUUUCAGGAUCAAAAGUCUGAAAAGCUCCUGCUCAUCUGCCUCCGCAGUGGCUCUCUGACCGGGCACAGGGUAUUCAGAAGAAAGGACGGUUCGUUCUUUCACGCCCCCAUUCAGCGAGCAAGUUGUGCAGAGCAGUAGGUGUGCCAAGGCACUUUCGGAGGUAGGGUCAUGCUCACAUUCAUGGCCUCUGACAGCGAGGAAGAAGUGUGUGAUGAGCGGACGUCCCUGAUGUCAGCCGAGAGCCCCAUGCCGCGCUCCUGCCAGGAAGGCAGGCAGGGCCUGGAGAACGGAGAGGGUGCCGCCCAGUGGAGAGGCCAGGAGAGCGAGGAGGACCAUGAGGAGGACCCUGACCGCUACGCCUGCAGCGGGGUCCCCGGGCGGCCACCAGGCCUGGAGGAGGAGCUGACCCUGAAAUAUGGGGCAAAGCACGUGAUCAUGCUAUUUGUGCCUGUCACGCUGUGCAUGAUCGUGGUGGUGGCCACCAUCAAGUCCGUGCGCUUCUACACGGAGAAGAAUGGACAGCUCAUCUACACACCUUUCACCGAGGACACACCUUCGGUGGGCCAGCGCCUCCUCAACUCCGUGCUCAACACCCUCAUCAUGAUCAGCGUCAUUGUCAUCAUGACCAUCUUCCUGGUCGUGCUCUACAAGUACCGCUGCUACAAGUUCAUCCACGGCUGGCUGAUCGUGUCCUCCCUGAUGCUGCUGUUCCUCUUUACCUACAUCUACCUUGGGGAAGUGCUCAAGACCUACAAUGUGGCCAUGGACUACCCCACCCUGUUCCUGACCGUCUGGAACUUCGGGGCGGUGGGCAUGGUGUGCAUCCACUGGAAGGGCCCCUUGGUGCUGCAGCAGGCCUAUCUCAUCAUGAUCAGCGCGCUCAUGGCCUUGGUGUUCAUCAAGUACCUCCCAGAGUGGUCUGCGUGGGUCAUCCUGGGCGCCAUCUCUGUGUAUGAUCUCGUGGCUGUGCUGUGCCCCAAAGGGCCGCUGAGAAUGCUGGUAGAAACUGCCCAGGAGAGAAACGAGCCCAUAUUUCCUGCCCUGAUAUAUUCAUCCGCCAUGGUGUGGACAGUGGGCAUGGCCAAGUUGGACCCCUCCUCUCAGGGAGCCCUUCAGCUCCCCUACGACCCAGAGAUGGAAGAGGACUCCUAUGACAGUUUGGGGGAGCCCUCGUACCCUGAAGUCUUUGAGCCCCCCCUGCCUGGCUACCCGGGGGAGGAGCUGGAGGAGGAGGAGGAAAGGUUUGUGUCUGACCCUCCUGCUGCUCGCCGUGUUCAAGAAAGCGUUGCCUGCCCUCCCCAUCUCCAUCACGUUCGGGCUGAUCUUCUACUUCUCCACAGACAACCUGGUACGGCCUUUCAUGGACACCCUGGCCUCCCAUCAGCUCUACAUCUGAGGGGAAGCCUGGGCACCGUGGCUUGGAAGCUGGAAGAAAUGGUAACUGGAUGCAGUUGUACAGUUUUACACUCUAGUGCCAUAUAUUUUUAAGACUUUUCUUUCCUUAAAAAAAAAAAAAAAAGAAUAAAAAAGUGUUGUGUUUACUUUGUGAAGAGGAAGGACAGCUUUUUGGUGCUGGUGGUUUUGUCACCAGGCCGUGGCUCACCUCUUCGUGAGCACUUGCUUCACCAACAGGAGACGCGGGAAAUCUGUCCAGAGGAGCUGUGGAAGGUUCCGAGACGUGGGAGGGGCUUGGGGAAGGCCCCUGCCCUCGCCCCACAGCCUGGAGUCCUCUGAGGGCCCAGCCGGAGGACGGGACGCAUAUAUUCGGGACCGGGAGGUCACUCCCGGGACGGCAUGUAGCACCUGGUCACUCUGGCCGGAGAGGAAAAGCCAAUAUUCUCUGCAAGGAAUGUUCCCAAUGCUUUGUCUAUGAUGUUGUCAUCAUUUUAUUACCUUUAGAGUCCUUGUUACAGCAGUUACUGCUGGGAAGUGUCUUAAUAUCAAUAAAUAGACGAAUCCUGUUGCAA